UGUGACAGCAUGGAUGUUCAGGUAAUCUUCAAUAACAUUGCAACUUUUAAACGAUUUUCUGAUUUUCAUGAAAUUUACAGUUAAUCACUAAAGACUCCCGCUAAGGUUCAAAGUGUUAUCUGUCAGUAUGUCGUCUUUACCACUAUUUUGGAGCAAAAUUCAACUAAGAUCUCAAAGAUUGAAGACUAUUUUCCAAAAUGACACCUGCUUUCAAAAACACAUGAGAUGCUACACUUCAGAGACUCACAGAAGACGCGUUGUGGUGACUGGAAUAGGCAUAGUUUGUCCACUAGGCACUGGGACAUCCUAUCCCUGGACUCGUCUCAUCCAGGGCCAGAGUGGGCUUGUAGCAUUGGACCCAGAAAAGUACAAGAAUGUCCCAUGUAAAGUGGCUGCCCUGGUUCCUAGGGGUACUGAAGAGGGCCAAUUCAAGGAGGAGAUGUUUGCCUCUCGUGGGGAGAUCAGUAGCAUGUCCAGUGCUACUGUGAUGGCACUUGGGGCUGCACAGCUUGCGUUGGCGGAUUCUGGAUGGUCCCCUGCAAGUGAAGAGGAGCAAAUGAACACUGGGGUGGCUGUAGGUAUGGGGAUGGUGUCACUGCAAGAGAUUGCUCGCACAUCUUCAGCCUUUUAUGAUAAAGGAUACAAUAAAGUCAGCCCCUUCUUUGUGCCACGAAUCUUGGUAAACAUGGCUGCUGGACAUAUCAGCAUAAAACACAAACUGAAAGGCCCAAAUCAUGCAGUAUCGACAGCUUGCACAACAGGAGCACAUGCAGUUGGAGAUGCUGCCAGGUUCAUAGCACAUGGGGAUGCGGUUGCUAUGUUAACAGGGGGCACGGAGUCUUGCGUGUGCCCGCUGUCCAUAGCAGGGUUUGCACGAGCCAGGGCACUAGCGACCAAAUGGAACCACGAACCAAAGAUGGCAUCUCGGCCGUUUCAUCCGGAGAGGGAAGGUUUUGUGAUGGGUGAAGGGGCAGCCAUAUUGGUGCUGGAGGAGAUGGAGCAUGCAGUGAGGAGACAAGCCCGGAUAUACGCAGAGGUGCUGGGGUACGGGCUGUCAGGGGAUGCCUCGCACAUAACAGCACCCAGCGCAGAUGGAGACGGAGCGUUUAGGUGCAUGUCGGCAGCUUUGAAAGACGCCUCCACCUCCCCCGCAGAGGUCAGCUAUGUGAAUGCCCACGCCACCUCCACACCUUUGGGCGAUGCUGCUGAGAACGCCGCCAUCAAGAGGCUCUUCUCCAACCAUGCUCCCAGCCUGGCCGUGUCCUCGACCAAGGGGGCCACGGGGCACCUCCUGGGGGCAGCUGGGGCCCUGGAGGCAGCGUUCACUGCUUUGGCCUGUUACCAUGGCGUCCUCCCACCCACCCUCAACCUGGAUCGCACCGAGCCGGAGUUUGACCUGAACUAUGUCCCCUGCACUGCACAGCCAUGGAGGGUGGAGGGCAGGAGGGUGGGACUUACUAAUUCGUUUGGAUUCGGAGGGACAAAUGCAUCACUAUGUCUUGCCAGUGUGUGAAAAUGCAGGACGACCAAGAAUUUCUUUCAUCAGCUACAGCUCUAGAACGCUUGGUGAAAUUUGUGGUGAUGCUGGUGACUGUUUCUUGGUGCAUUUCUGACUCUAUAAUAAA